AUGACCCACUCCACAGAGCAGGAUCAACCUCACAGAGCACCCAGGACCCCCACACAGCACCCCAAGACCUACAUACAGCACCCCAAGACCUACAUACAGCACCCCAAGACCUACAGACAGCACCCCAAGACCUACAUACAGCACCCCAAGACCUACAUACAGCACCCCAAGGACCUCACAUACAGCACCCCAAGACCUACAUACAGCACCCCAAGACUACAUACAGCACCCCAAGACCUACAUACAGCACCCCCAAGACCUACAUACAGCACCCCAAGAACCUACAUACAGCACCCCAAGACCUACAUACAGCACCCAAUACCUACAAGCACCCCAAGACUACAUACAGCACCCAAGACCCACAUACAGCAACCACAAGACCUACAUUCAGCACCCCAGGACCCCCACACAGCACCCCAAGACCCACAUACAGCACCCCAGACCUACAUACAGCACCCAAAGACCUACAUACAGCACCCUCAAGACUCACAUACAGCACCCCAAGACCUACAUACAGCACCCCAAGACCUACAUACAGCACCCCAAUACCUACAUACAGCUCCCCAAGACCCACAUUACAGCACCUCAAGACCUACAUACAGCACCCCCAAGGACCCAAACCCCAUACAGCAACCCAAGACCUACAUUCAGCACCCCAGGACCCCCACACAGCACCCCAAGACCCACAUACAGCACCCCCCUCAUACAGCACCCAAGCCACAUACAGCACCCAAGACCUACAUACAGCACCCCCAAGACCUACAUACAGCACCCCAACCAAGACCUACAUACAGCACCCCAAGACCUACAUACAGCACCCCAGACCCACAUACAGCAACCGAACUACAUUCAGCACCCAGCCCCUCACAGCACCCAGACCACAUACAGCACCCCAAGACCUACAUACAGCACCCCAAGACCCACAUACAGCAACCCAAGACCCACUUCAGCACCCCAGACCCCCACACAGCACCCAAGACCCACAUACAGCACCCCAAGACCUACAUACAGCACCCCAGGACCCUCAUACAGCACCCAAGACCUACAUACAGCACCCCUGGACCCCCACAGAGCACCCCAGGACCUACAUCAGUCUGA